CUGUGGCAAGAAAAGCGCUCAGGAGGGGUGUUAGGAAAAUAGUUCCCAAAGCCCUAUAUGAGUGUUUUGUGAUUCAUUUCCCGGGGUUAGAGAAAGAAGCACAGAAACACUAUCAAAUCUUUGGCGAGUAGCAAGUUCAAUUUAUCUGGUUCGUUUUUGGUUUUUUUUCUCUCUCGAUAUCUGCAGAAGAUUUCUGGGUAUUAUUGUUCUCAUAUCACAAAAUAUGCUAUAUUAUCUGUGCUUUCCACCAAAAACCUCUAAAACUCAUUUCUGCGACUGAUGGUAAAUGUGGGGGGAAAGUUAAUAAUAUAGAAAGCAAUCAGGAGGAAAAGUCUGGUGAGUGUGCAAGAAGUAGGAUAAUAUUGUUGUGGGCAAAAAAAAACGCGUGAGGAAAUUGCCGAAUUGUGGAAUAUGGGGAAGAGUGAUUGUGAAUGGGGGAGAUUGCUUGGAAAUCCCACUGCUGACACCAUUGUCAUCCUCAUUGCUAUGGCUAUGCUGCAUCCGAUGCUGUCCGCAGCAGCUACUCAAUUAGGUGUCAAUUGGACACGAAGGCACGCUCUUUCAGAGGUCAUCUCCACAUCUGAUGUUCACCAGAUGCCACCGGAAGUUACUGUCAGUGGCAUGACUUCUUCCCUCAUUGACCAGACAUUUGGCAAUGCAAUUAGUGGUGACAUUUCCCUCGAUGGCAAUCAACAGACCAAUGAAAUUGACUAUGGGGGCAAGCAUAGAACCGAAUUUGACUUAUGGGAUAUCAUUAUGUUUAGAGAGAGAGCCAAUAACAGUCAAAUCAAUGCAACCACCAACCGCGCCUUCAUGUGCAAGCUCCAUCUAAAUGGUCGAAUUGUCCUCUUCAGUCGCUCCUGUCUCCGUCGAGCAGAUCUCUGUGAUCCAUUUACAAUGCGAGACUGGAUGUUGUUGCCCAUUGCGGAAUACAUCAUCUGUCCAAGUGAGGGUCGCUGGCUCAGGCGGAAAAGUGAUGUUCAGCGUUUUCACAAGAGAGGUUCUUCAGCUUCCGGCAAUACCCUUCCACAGAAUUCUACAACCACAUCAUCAAGACGUCAUGUGAAUAGCGUCUUCGAAGAGGCUCGUUCAGGAAGAAUGGGUAAAGCUCGCGAUGGGAAUACAAUGUUGGCCGGUGAUACGGGAAAAGUGUCGUUGUUGGGACUUUUUGAACUAAGCACGAGAACUGGAGCACGACCUGAGGGACACAGUGAGCUAGCGGCAGCACAAAUGGCCAUAAGGCAUAUAAAUAAGAGGGGACUCCUUCCCGGGUACCAACUUGAGCUGCUGGCAAAUGAUACAAAGUGUGAUCCGGGAGUUGGUGUCGAUCGGUUUUUCCAUGCUCUGUAUACCCAACACUCAACUCGAAUGGUGAUGCUGCUUGGCUCUGCGUGCUCAGAAGUGACCGAAAGCCUAGCCAAGGUGGUGCCCUACUGGAACAUAGUUCAGGUUUCAUUCGGAUCCACCUCACCUGCCCUCAGUGAUCGGCGUGAAUUUCCUCUGUUCUACCGAACUGUGGCACCAGAUUCCUCCCACAAUCCAGCAAGAAUUGCCUUCAUUCGACGAUUCGGAUGGGAUACUGUGACAACUUUUUCACAGAAUGAGGAAAUACACUCAUUGGCUGUGAAUGAUCUCGUCACAGAACUUGAGACGGCCAAUAUUUCUUGUGCUGCAACAAUCACAUUUGCGGAAACUGACUUCAAGGAUCAACUUCGUAUGUUGCGCGAUUUGGACACGAGAAUCAUCAUUGGGAGCUUUUCCAACGAGUUGGCGCCAAAAAUAUUCUGUGAGGCAUAUCGUCUGGGAAUGUACGGAGCGGAUUAUGCAUGGAUUCUCCAUGAGACGCUGGGUCCUCCCUGGUGGCUUCAAUCGCCAACCGUUGAAUGCCAGCAGAAGCACCUGGAAGCUGCUGUCGAGAGUCUUAUCAUCGUGUCCAGUCACAAUAGCAUCGUGGGAAAUUCCGUGAGCUUCAGUGGUUUGACCAACAGGAUGUUCAUGGAAGAACUGCUGGCGCUUAAAGUACCGGAACCAACGUCACGGUAUGCUCCUCAGACGUACGAUGCAGUUUGGGCGAUUGCCUUGGCGCUUCGUGGUGCUGAAGAACGUUGGAGAAAUGAAUCUAUUCAGUCCAAGCUGGAUGGCUUUGACUACACCAGAUACGACAUGGCCACAGAGUUCCUCAAUCAAUUCAGUCGACUACAAUUCCUUGGAGUUUCUGGUCCAGUGUCGUUUAGUGGAGCUGAUAGGGUGGGUACUUCCGCCUUUUACCAAAUCCAACGUGGAAAGCUCAAUCCGGUGGCCCUCUACUACCCUGGAGAGCAACAUUUGGACUUCAAGUGUCCGGAAUGUAUGACAGUACAAUGGCAGAGUGGGCAAGUGCCAAUUGCCAAGCGAGUAUUUAAGCUGCGAAUUGCAACUAUUGCUCCCGUGGCAUUUUACACUAUGACCUCAUUGGCAUCCGUUGGUGUAACACUAGCACUGGCUUUUCUCGCCUUCAAUCUCCACUUCCGCAAGCUCAAAGCAAUAAAACUGUCGAGUCCCAAAUUGAGCAACAUAACAGCUGUGGGAUGUAUUUUGGUCUACAUGGCAGUAAUUCUUCUUGGGCUCGACUACUCAACACUUCCGGCCACGGAAGUGGCUUUUUCCACUGUUUGUACAGCACGGGUUUAUCUACUAUCUGCGGGAUUCUCCUUGGCUUUUGGCUCAAUGUUCGCUAAAACGUACCGAGUUCAUCGUAUCUUUACAAGAAGUGGUGGGAGUGUGUGCAAGGAUAAAAUGCUCCAAGAUACACAGUUAAUCUCCUUAGUCUGUGCCCUCUUGCUACUAGACGGACUGGUGGUGACAUUGUGGAUUGUGACGGAUCCCAUGGAGCGCCACUUGAAUAAUCUAAGUCUUGAGAUUAGUUCAAUUGACCGGAGUGUAGUGUACCAGCCACAGGUGGAAGUUUGUCGGUCACAGCACAGCAGCAGUUGGCUCGGAGCCCUGUAUGCAUAUAAGGGUCUUCUCCUCGUUGUGGGUGUCUACAUGGCAUGGGAAACUCGCCAUGUGAAGAUUCCAGCUUUGAAUGAUUCCCAGUACAUAGGAGUUUCCGUAUACUCUGUCGUUAUCACGAGCGCAAUUGUGGUGGUACUGGCAAAUCUCAUAUCUGAACGUGUUACGCUGGCAUUUAUCACAAUUGCCGCUCUUAUUCUAACGUCUACUACGGCCACUUUAUGUCUCCUAUUUCUUCCUAAACUCUAUGAUAUUUGGAGUCAUGGUGACGACGUAGCGGACCCAAUUGGACGAAGUAUGGGCCUCAAAAUGGAGUUCAAUACACGACGUUUUGUUAUGGACGACAGGCGUGAAUUGCAAUAUCGGGUUGAAGUACAGAAUCGAGUCUAUCGCAAGGAAGUGGCAGCUCUUGAUGCUGAGAUUCAGAAGUUGGAGAGAUUGCUAGAAUCCGCAUCGUCUGUCACGUCUUCUAACAUGUCUCUAGGUCGGCACAUGAAAACAGAACUUAGUGUUGUCAACGAAGGUACUCCACCUAAACCUAGGACGCCUAGCAUUGGGGGAGGACUCCCACUACUCCUGUUGUCUGUUCUUCCGCCAGUUAUACCACGAGCAAGCUGGCCCUCAGCAGAUCACAUGCAGGCUCCAAUGCGUCGAUCUGUUACAUUUAGCUCCCAGCCUCAGUUGGAUGAGCCCUGUGGUAGUACCACAAUUCGCCUGCCCGCAAUUGACCUCCUCAAUUUACGGUUGACUCAUCAGCAAGCCACAGCAGAACGUUCUGGCUUGCUGAAUCGCAUCCGGGGACUUUUUCUCAGUUCUCGUCCACCGAGUCGCAAAACUUCGACAAUCUCAAUUAGUGGUCAAGCUGGCGGAAGUGGAGCUGGUGGUGGAAUAGCAGCUGCUCUAAAAGCUCACAUGGGCCUCUUGAGUGGCUUAGUGCCAUCAACUGGUGGUACAUCUUCAUGCCAGGCUCUCAAUACAGCAGGUAGUGGAUUCAAAGCAAUGAGACGGACAUCAUUGGCUCGAAGUGGAGGAUCCUUGCAUACUUCACAUGGGGAUAUGGGAGAGCCAUCGUAUAUGAGACCACGACAUCGUAAAUUUACCCCACCGGCAUUUAUUAUAAGUGGAUCAGUGCCACUCGACAAUCAGACACCACCUCCAGAGUUGGAGGAGAUUAAUGGGACAGAGCCACGAGUGAAUUUCCAACUUCCUGGCGGACGACGACCCUCAAUUGUGCACCAAACGUCACAGCCGACGUUGAGAGAACGUGUUAAAGGUUCUCCAAGGUUUCCCCAUCGAAUUAUCCCAACUGCUAGUUUGAGUGCGCUGCAAGAGUCUAAUGGAGGAAACUUGGCCGAUUCAACCCAUCACCAAGCUAAGUGGAAAUCGAUGGAGGAGUCAACAUUCAAUUACACCUCCAGCAACAAUCACGCCAACAUUCGUCCUUUUACCUUCCUGAUGUCAGCCCAAGGUACAUCUGGAGUGGACGAGAGUGGAAUGGGGGAUGCAGAUAAUUGCCAUCAGCGAGAUCCCGUGGAGGAGGAAGAAGUGGCUGCAAUUUAAUCAUCUGCCAUGAUUUUCUUGCCAAUUCACUCUGCAUAUUGGCAUUUCUUCCUCAAGGCGGACAAACUGGAAGGUGGUGACACUCUCAAUUAGCUGUAAGUGUGUUCAAAAUUUACAAUACAAUUAUCAUGUUUCCCAAAGGGAGAGGUAACAUUUUCACACUGGUAGGAUGUACAAAAAGGAAAACCAGUGCUCCGCAACAAACCUCUCUGACUCUCAAUGAACACUGUCAUUAGAUUAAAUUAAUAAUUGUGAUCUUCUCAUCCUCCAUACCCCUAAAGAACAUCAAGAUACUGUCUUUUGAGAACCAUUCCCUAUUUCAGACACCCAGACAUUGUGAGAAAUAAUUAUUAACUUAGUGAUUAAGUGUGAUGAAUGUCUACUGUAUGUUUCUCACCUCAAUCAAUUUAAAGAGAGAGAUAUUAACUACAAUUAUUCAUUUUCAUUUUGUUUCACUUUCACUCUCAGCUUUCAGUCUGUCAUGGUGAAAACUUUCUAGCGAAAAUUGGGGUUUAAUAUAUAUUUUAGGUAUUCUUAUACAUAAAUCUUUCCAACACCUUAAGAUUUUCCACAACUGAUUUAUUCAGAGGGAAGGUAACUUAUGCUAAUGGUGAUUUUUACUCCGGGAAACUUCUUUUAGGAUUUUCUUGAAAAAUUUUUUAUAUGAUUAAUAUAGUGCUCUACCACUUGACCUAUUGAGUGCCCUUCUAAGAAAAGUCCAAU